UACAAAUACAGCGCAGAAAGAACAGCAGGGAGCACAAAGGAAUUAAAACAGCAGCUCGGAAACUUUAAAUUCCAUUGUGUUGUGGUGUGAAUUCAUGUGAGCGUUAUUUAAACUGUGAGGUUUGGCGGAUGGCAGGCUGACAACUGCCCGGGGAAGCGCAAGGAAUGUGAGUGAGCGGUGUGGAGCAGCAGGGCGCACCGCUGUCUCCUGCUAUCGCUGCUUUUUGUCAGCUGAGCUGUUUGCAUCCCGAGGCCCAGCCGUUCACACAAGCCUCAUUCCAGAAGGACGCAUAUCCUGUACAGAGUCAGGAAGUGACUCCAACAUGGGGGUCAAAACCUUCACCCACAACUCGACCUCCCACAGCCAGGAGAUGCUGGAGAAGCUAAACGUUUUACGCAACGAGGGUCACUUAUGUGAUGUCACCAUCCGCGUCCAAGACAAGCUCUUCCUGGCCCACAAAGUGGUCCUUGCCUGCUGCAGUGAAUUCUUCCGCUCCAAACUGGUGGGCCGGCCAGAGGAGGAGGACAAGUUUGUGUUGGACCUUCACCAUGUGACUGUUAGUGGCUUCGCUCCUCUGUUGGAAUAUGCCUACACGUCUACCCUCUCCAUUAGCACAGAGAAUAUCAUCGACGUCCUGGCAGCUGCAAGUUACAUGCAGAUGUUUGCUGUGGCGAGCACGUGUUCAGAGUUCAUGAAGUCAAGUAUCCUGUGGAGCCCGGGUAACAACAACAACAACAACAACAUGACGGCAGAUAAACCGCACGAAUCAGCACCAGAGAGCGCCUCAUCCAACUGUGCCCUGACGCCACUGGACGGCAGCGUGUCACCUGUGUCGUCGGACUGCAGUGUGAUGGAGAGAAACGUUCCUAUAUGCCGUGAAUCGCGACGGAAACGCAAGACCUUCGUAACAAUGGCAUCACCUGAGAGCCCACUCAAAUGCACUACACAGAUCGUCACCACCUCCCCUCAGAUCCCCAACCCAUCCCCUUCAUUCUCAGACAGCACAGCCCAGCCUGUGGAGUCCUCCCUGGCCUUUCCGUGGACUUUCCCAUUCGGUAUUGACCGGAGGUUCCACUCGGACAAAUCAAAGCUCCCGGAGAGCCCUCGCUGUUUAGAGCAGGGAACUCCAGGGACCUCAGAGGUGGUGGUCGGCCGGCGGCUCAGUGACUUCCUGACGUGCGAGAGCUCCAAGGCAGUGUCGUCGCCAGUGCCAGCAGAAGAGGAAGAUGUGAGAGUGAAGGUGGAGCGUCUCAGUGAUGAGGAGGUCCAAGAGGCGUCCUCUCAACCAGUCAGUGCCUCCCAGAGCUCACUGAGUGACCAGCAGACGGUGCCGGGGAGUGAACAGGUCCAAGAGGAGCUCCUCAUCAGCCCACAGUCCUCUUCUAUAGGGUCGAUGGAUGAAGGAGUGUCUGAGGGCUUGCCGUCAAUGCAGAGCACCUCUAACGCUGGAGGACAUGCAGAAGAUGAUGAAAGGUUGGAGGGUAUUCAGUAUCCAUACCACCUGUACAUCAGCCCUUCAGCCCGACCCGGCACCAACGGCCCUGACCGGCCUUUUCAGUGUCCAACCUGCGGAGUCCGAUUCACACGCAUUCAAAACCUGAAGCAGCACAUGCUCAUACACUCCGGCAUUAAGCCCUUCCAGUGUGACCGCUGUGGGAAAAAGUUCACACGGGCCUACUCCCUAAAGAUGCAUCGGCUGAAGCACGAAGGUAAACGCUGUUUCCGGUGCCAGAUUUGUAGCGCCACAUUCACGUCCUUCGGUGAAUAUAAGCACCACAUGAGGGUCUCCCGACACAUAAUCCGCAAGCCGCGGAUUUACGAGUGCAAAACGUGCGGCGCCAUGUUCACCAACUCUGGCAAUUUAAUUGUACACCUGAGGAGUCUGAACCAUGAGGCAUCCGAACUAGCAAACUACUUCCAGAGCAGUGAUUUCCUCGUGCCCGACUACCUGAGCCAGGUACAGGAGGAGGAGGAGGUGCUGGGAGUCCAGUAUGAGCUGGAGGAGUCCCAGCAUCACGCCGUCUACCCGGGCAGCACCUCCACCUCCACCCCCACUGCCGCCUCGUCCUCCUCCUCAGUCCAGAUGCCUGUCAUCUCCCAGGUCUCCUCCUCUACCCAGAAUUGCGAGAGUUCCUCUGGCUUUCUUUCACCUGAGCCCCUGGAUCCCCUGGAAGCCCCAGCCUCCCUCAAGAUGGACGCUGACGAGACGGCAGCCAUGACAGAGGAGACCAAGAUGGACAACAGCGAAGGGGGCAGUUCCCCUGAGGUGUUUGAAGAAGAGCAGCAGCAGCAGCAGCAUGCCCAGGCCAAGGAGCUGGUUUCCAUUACCAUAGAAUGAUUCAAGUCUUCUACUUGCCCAUUAUGUCUUAUUUUGCAGCCAUGUCAUAUGGGAAUAUCUGUUGGGACAGCAUAAUGGCUAAAAUGGACGACCUGGACAUGUGCACAUGUUGAAACUUCAUCAUGUGAAGCCAUCAAGACACCAUGAUUGAAGUUACCUGAAGACUUCAGUUGCCUUAGUGUUGCUUUCCACAUGCAACUCACGUAUUUGAGUUAAUGUUUUACACCAAAUCCAGCAAAGUUGUUUCCUUUGCAGUUCUAACAUAAUUUCUACUGAAGCGAUGUCCUUGUUGGUGACAUUUCAGUAGAUCAUAAAAUCUGGAUUCAGUCCAUCCCCAAACCUCAGUUUUAAAGUAGUAUUUACCACCCGGACAAAGGAAGUGAACAGUACUUUUUAAGAGUCAUUUUCCAGAAGGUUGGUUGUUUCCCAUAUGACGUGAAUGCAGCGCUAGCUAAAGUAAUUUCUGUCUUAGCCAAUUUGAGGUCUGUUAAAUCCAAGCCUUGCCCUAUUUUUGGAAAGUGCCUGAGUUCCCAUUUUAACAAAGUAUCCUGUAGAGGAAGAAGAGGUCUUGACUUUGCCAACAGUGACAAAUCAAGUCUUUGCAAACUGAGCUAAAGAAAAAAAAAAAUACUUGUAUUUCAUUUGUAGUGAUAAUGCUAGUUUGUAUGGGCAGAGACUGUGUUAUUCCUUCAGUGCCGUCGCUAUAGGCAAACUGUUAAAUGUCAAUAUUAUCUAUAUUGCAAUAGCUUGUACUGUAGUUUUACUAUUUGAAUGCUGUGUAAGUUGGGUGUUGUGAAAUAUGAAAUGUCAGGUGUGUGUAUGUGCAUUUCUUUUUAUCAAUAUGAACUCAGUACAUUUCAUUUUUAAAUGUUUAAAACUUGAAAUUAUAUUGACAGAGUAUUCCCUUUAGAUGUUUGUGCAGUAUAUGAUUUUCUGACCUAUUACAAGUAUUUUUUUUUUUUUUUUAUGAACACUGUUGUUAAAUGAAACCUAAACUCAAGGAGUUUAGAAAAAAAACUCAGAUCAGCGCACUGAUGCAUCUUUUGUUUCAAAAUCCAAGCAGAUAAAUGAAAUGAAAAUACGACCAAAUUUCACAUUUUUCAUUAGGAGUUACAAAGUUUUCUCACAGCUGCAGUGUUGUUGUCCCACACGGGCUCUAAGAUAUGGUAAUGUAGCAUUUCAAGUUGAAGUUUUUCAAAUGGCAUUUUUGGGGUUUUUUUCCCAUUUAAACAGUUUGUUAAAGAUAUUGAUAUGAUAUGACUUUCAAAUUAUGGUCAUCCUGAUUUACCGAGGUACACUGCUGAUGUUCUGAGAUGUUGCAUGACUGUUGAAGUGAUAUUUCAUUUAGGUACACCAUGAUUGUCUAUUUUAACAUUUUAUCCUUGUGUGACGUUGUGGGUGAUGAAACAAGAAUAUUAUGUUAUCCCCAAAAGUGUGGAUUAACCACCAGCAUCCAGUAUUCUGUCAUUGUUUUGUUUUAUUUUGUUUUGUUUUGUUUUUUGUUUUGUUUUGUUUUGUUGUUUUGUUUUUUGUUUUGUUGUUUUUGUUUUUGUUUUUUUUUUUUUUUUUGUUUUUUUUUUUUUUUGUUUUUUUUACGUACAUUGUCACAAAUGGAAAAGCGACUCUGUGAAAAGUUCCCUGACUAAAAUUUGACUUACUUUUAGUUGCCGUACGCCUGCAGCCAGGGAAGCAGGACGUGAAACGAUCGGAUCAUGAUGACGGCUGUCUGUGAUGGCCAGUUUUCAGUCAGAACAGAUUACAAAGGGUGUUGGGUGUUAUGGGAUGAUAUUGCUUUGGAAGCAAUGGGAGCGUGCUAGUGUAUGAAUGCAAAUACUGUGAGUAGAAUCAUUAUAAAUGAUAACUUAAAUGUGUUGUUUUAGGCAAGAGCUUUUCCCUCAUCUUCAGCUGAUAACACGGUUUGACAGCUGAUGUUAUUCACUUCAUUUACUUUUUCUAAUGCUGAGCUUGGGUCAAACCUCCAGCUUCUGUUACCUGUGUUGUGCCAAUAUGGUUGUAAUUCUGUACUUAGACAUUGUUGUGCCUGUAUUUUGAGAAGAUAAUGAUACCCAUGGUGAUAAUCCAUGAGUUGAAUGCUACUGACUGUGAAUGGGUUUCUUGUUCAGUGAAAUCUUUUAUUUUCUGUUGACCCCUGAAAGUAGAACUAAUGGCCCACAUUUAGGAUUAUCACAGCAGGAUGUAAGCCCUCACAUACAGGGUUGAUUGUACAUGUAAAGAUGGAUACUGCUGUGAUAAGGACAUCAAUGUUACACUGUCCUGAUCGAAGAAAUCCACUUGAGAGCUAUCUUAAUAAGAGCUUGUGUGAUCCCGUGCCAUCCUAUCAGUCACUUUCUCAAAGUUGUGCCAUUUGCCCUUUUUAUCUGGGUACAAAUCAAGCUUUUUUCCUACAGGACCAAAUGUCCUCUAUCUCAUUGGGGAUUUGCCAUGGCAAUCAGUAACUGCACAUAAUAAAAUAAAGAGAUAAUCAUUUUAAGUGGUCCAUGCUAUUUAGCAAAGGGGUCCUGCUGUCUCGCCCCUGAAAACACUGUAUGAUGUUGUGCAUUUAAGAGGCUAGCCUUAGUAAAUGGACCUAUUAACUCUAGUUGCACAAUAUCAGAAUAAAAAAAAAACGUUUUCUAUUCUCCAUUUGUACGUCAUGCUUUUCAUCUGUUGUGUUCGGUGUCUGUAUUCAAACAACGUUUUUAUAAUGAAAUGCUGCUGUUUGUUGAAACGCAAAGUGCCCAAAAUAUUUUUGUGAACCAAUGGUGUGCAAUAAAUGGACAGGUGGUGUUUUAAAAGUUUUAAUUUUGUCUUUGAAAUGAUGAAUAUAUUAAAAAAAAAAAGAAUGUAUCAUUCUGUUUUAUUCAAAUGUGACUGAAGGUGAAUCAAAUAGGCAAGGACCCCAUUUGAUCUGUGAAACUAGGAACAAGGCUUUGAUAUCAAAUGACUGGUUCUAUUCAGCUCCUUUCUGUUUGUUUCUGAAGUUGCAUGUUCAUAUCGUUCUGUGAAGUGGAGAGCAUGUCUUCAGUUGGCAAUGCGUUCUGUCAAGGCCUUAUUUGUUGAUGACUCUUCAUCCAGCCUAGCUUUGAUCUGUUGUUCAGCAUGCCCUCUUCUUUUCUGUACGUUAUCCCUUUAUGUGCAAUGUUUUCAAAUAUCUUGAUUAUAUACAGGACAUGCCUUUUCAAUGUA